UCUAACAAUGAACUACUAUCCGAUGACUCCGUUAAUACCAUCACGUCCGAGCAAGGAGACAUGUUUAUUCAGAAUGGAGGGGCACAACCUAUACCAAGUUUGAUCAGCACACUGACUGUAAAUCUGACAAGAGAUCCACUUAUGACUAGCCGAUUUUACGGUUGUAUCUCGAGCAGCCAGAUGAUCAAACUCCUCUUCCAAGUAAUUGUUCUGACCACUGAUGUUGUUGAUCCUACUGUUGUUGAUCCUGAAGAUCCUGGUAUCACUACUACCCCAUCUUCCGACCCUCCUUCUCCCACUCUUGAGACUGGAGCACCCCUCGGGUUGAUUAUUGGAGUCAUUGUUGCCCUCAAUAUUAUAAUUUUGAUCGUCAUCAUUGCCAUUGUCAGUGUUAUCGUUAAAAGGAGAGGUCAAAGAUCAGAUGCGUUUGUGGAAAAGCCUGCACAUUUCUCACCGUCUCCCCCAGCCUCAGUAAUCGGACCAGACGCUGUCAUCGAAAAUGGUGUGGACUCGGUAAAUUUCGAACUCACACAAAUGUAUGAAGAUAGCAAUUCCUACUACGCUGAUAUAGACAACCCAAAAUCACAACGACUCAAAAAUGCACCGAAAUUUCUACAAGACAAUUCCCUGUAUGCCUCGGCCAAUAAUCUCGAUAGAAGUCUCGAUGCUCCUAAUUUGCCUCACAGACAAUUUGCUAGUGUCAGUUCAAUGGACGAUGUCUCCAACAGCACUCAUGGCAGUAUACUCCAUAUAUACGCUACACCGUUUAAAAUUGCACCCCCUGUCCCGCAAAGACCACCCACUCCGCAACUAUUUGAUGGCAAUGUGAACAGUGAAGCUCUCUCACCAUCCAUGAUGGUAACAGACAAGAGAUACUCUACACCUCCUGGACUGGGCACUAAAGAGUUUUGUCCUGCCUCAUCCAUUUACGCUGAUCCACAACCGUUGUUGAGAUCCGAGGGCCCAAUCGAGGUAGCCCCUUCGCAAGUUCGUGAAAUUCGAGGGCUUGGUGUCGGGCAAUUUGGACAAGUUGUGUUGGCUGAGACUGUGGAUUUGAGCUUGAAGGAUUUGAAAUUAAGCGAACAUAACAAUGAUCGAAAUAUCACCAUCCAAGUGGCCAUCAAGAAACUAAAACCUGAUGCUGACGAAGGAAUCAAAGAGGCGUUCGAGAAAGAGAUUAAAUUCAUGUCUCGUCUAAACCACAAAAAUGUUGUGCGGCUACUUGGUAUUUGCCCGUAUGGAACUGCCUUUAUCCUUAUGGAAUACAUGGAGAAUGGAGAUCUCAAUCAACACCUUCACAAACACUCUGAAGAAAAAAAUGAGAAGCCACUGUCAAAAGAAGCGCUGGUCUACAUAGCCACUCAGAUCUCGGGUGGAAUGAUGUAUCUCGCCACUUUUGAGUUCAUCCAUCGUGACCUAGCCACAAGAAAUUGUCUGAUAGGUAGCAACAACGAGGUCAAAAUUGCUGAUUUAGGUAUGAGCAGAAGUCUGUAUUCUUCCUACUACUAUCGCAUUCGUGGCAGAGCUAUGUUACCUAUUCGCUGGAUGGCCAACGAGUGCUUUUAUAAACGAUUUUCAGAGAAAACUGACAUAUGGGCUUUCGGAGUCACCAUGUGGGAAAUAUUCACUUUCUGUAGUCAGCAACCGUACGAUGAAAUGACUGAUCAGGAGGUUAUCGACGAUGCCAUUCGAGGGGCAGAACGAACACUUUUGGAGCGACCGGAUUAUUGUCCCCCCGAGGUGUACAAAGUGAUGCUGCGAUGCUGGGAGGACGAUCCCGAGUCUAGAGCUAACUUUGAAGAUGUACAUUCUUCUCUGAAUGCUAUAUAUGAGCAAAGUGAUCUCUGAUGUGUGUGUAUGUACAUAAUAGCUGUUAGGAAGUAUAAAGUGUACGUAUAUAAUGUGCUGUAUUUUUUUAUUAGUCCAGUGGUGUGCUUCCAUUUAUUUUCCAUGGAUCAAGCUAUAUCGUUUAUCAUGUUCAAUAUGCUGC